CCAGUGUGCUGGGAAAGAAAAGAAGAGAAGGAGAAGAACAAGGCUCUGAAGAAAAUGUACAAGCCGCUGACGAAAUUCCUGAAAAAGAAGUUGGGAGACAAGGUCUCCAAGGUGAGACUAUCAAACCGGCUCAGUGAUACAGUGUGUGUGUUGGCAUCGGACCAGUACGGUUAUUCGGCGAGAAUGGAAAUAAUUAUGAGAGCGCAAGCAUUCGCGGACCCCGACAGUUUCGGAUACAUGACGCCAAAGAGUAAGAUUAUGGAGCUUAAUGCACACCACCCGAUCACAAAAGAGAUGCUUCGCCUUGUAGAAAGCGGAGAGGACGAUGAAAGGGCAGCCGAGCUUGGGCAUCUUGUGUACGACACUGCGCUAGUUGCAUCCGGAUAUGUAAUGCGGGACAGUGACUACAAGAGCUACGCAGACAGAAUGUACAAGUGGAUUGGUGAGAGUGUUGGCGUGGAUCCGAGUGCGCCUAUAGUGGAAGAGUACCCCGAGGAGGAGAAGGCUGACUCAGAGGAGGAGAAGUCUGAUGGUGACGCAAAUUUGAAGGAGGCAUCUAGUAGUAGCGCAGACCCUGCUUCUGAAGACCACAGUGAGGAUUCUUCUGAGGACCAUGAUGAGUUGUUGUACCGUAGUCGAACAAGAGUGGAGGAUGAGGUAUUUAUGGCUACGGUUUCCGUCUUUUAA